AUGUCGCUCUCCCUAUACCCGACUCCCUCCUCAUCCAAAACCGUCAACGGUCUACCUUUCUCCCUCGCUCAAUCCUUCCGAGACCGCAACAUCAAUCUCCCCAACUUCACCCAACUCAAGACAAAGGAACUCCGCUCCGGCCACCGACAAUCCGUUCGUGGCCUCGGGUGGUCCAUCGAUGGGCGGAAACUCGCUACCUGUGGAGCUGAUCGGACCAUCCGUAUCUGGGUGCCCGAGCGAUCCAUCGACCAUCGGGCGAGUACCGAACUUCGCGGACACGCCGACAGCGUCGAUCAGCUCGUCUGGCAUCCUCUGCAGCCCGACAUCCUAGCCACCGCCAGCGCAGAUAAGACGGUCAAGAUCUGGGACACACGCAUCAAGUCCGACUCGUCAGGUGCCGUCACCACGAUCUCGACACCCGGAUCCAACAUCAACAUCACCUACCAUCCCACCGGUCACUACCUCGCCGUGGGAGAUAAAACCGACACCGUCUCGAUCAUCGAUACGCGUCUCGCAAAGAUCACCCACACCGUAUGCACCCGCCGACCCACUCCACCGGACGAUUCUACCUCAACAUCGACGACCCUGUUGAAUAGUCACGAUGAGAUCAACGAACUCUCCUUCUCCUCCGACGGAUCGCUCCUCCUCCUCUCUUCCGGAUCCGGUUCGAUCCACAUCCACCACACCGACCGGUACGAUCGCAUCCACUCCCACCCGGCACACACGGCAAACGUCUUCUGCCUUCAACCCGACCCGCUCUCUCGUUUCAUCGCCACCGCUUCCAGCGACUCGAUGAUCUCGCUCUGGCAUGCUACCGAGUACUUUUCGGUAAAGAUGAUCACCAGCCUCGCGUUUCCAGCGAGAGCGAUCGGAUUCAGCUUCGAUGGAGAGCUGUUGGCGAGCGGUGGCGAGGAUCCGUUUAUCAGUAUCGAUGCGACUUGUCCGAGUGUGAUGGGCGAAGAUCAGGUGGCCAAGAUCGCGUUGGGAGGUGGGACGGGAGUGGGUGCGGGGAAUACGAUGAUCAAUUGUUUGGCUUGGCAUCCGAGCAAAUACGUGUUGGCGUAUGCCGGGGAUGAGGCGAAUCCGAAGGACAUAGGCACCGUCAGGGUGUUCAACUUGUAG